UUCAUUUCAUUAAAGUAACGGAGAUAAUUAUUCGCAAAACAAGUUUUUCAUAAUUAAACAGAAAUUUUUGGACACAUUCAAUGAAACAAGUUUUUAAAGGGCUAAAGGUUGUAUAGCCAUUUCAAAACAUACUUCAAUAGAGAUGAAGGACAUGACAUCAGUUAAUUCUUUUGGAAUUUGUACUUAUAUUGUUAUCUUGUUUACUCUUCAAGCCAGAUAGACCAAUGAGACAUACAGACUUAGUAUCUAUAAUGAUAACCAUACAAUACUCAUAUCCAAGGUAGAACUAACAUGCAGAGAUAACUCUCCAUUUCAAACUUCACCAUAGUCUUGACAAACUGCUGAAACAAUCUGCUUUAGGAAAAUGUUGAAUUCCGUGUGUUCGUUGUCCAUGAUAACCCAAAUUGGAUUACUAAUUUUGGUUGUAUUGGGUGUCAUAAAAGCGUAUCUCAUCCUGACGACGGGAGUUUGCACCAGUACGAAGAAGUUGACUGGGAAAACUGUCAUCAUCACAGGAGCAAAUACCGGCAUCGGCAAGGAAACGGCGCUUGAUCUGGCAAAGAGAGGAGCACGAGUCAUUCUGGCAUGUCGAGAUCCUAAGAAAGCAGCCAUUGCAAAAGAGGACAUCAUUCGUGAGUCACGUAACAAAAAUGUGUUUAUUCGCCAACUUGAUUUGACGUCGCUCAAAUCCGUCCGCAAGUUUGCCGCAGACAUUCUCAAGAGUGAGCUUCGUUUAGACGUCCUAAUCAAUAACGCUGGCUGCGCUACCAUUGAGAAGAAGUUGACAGAAGAUGGACUCGAGGUUCAGAUGCAGAGCAAUCAUUUCGGACACUUCCUUUUGACCAAUCUGCUGUUAGGGUUGAUGAUGAAAACUGCUGGAACCAAACUAGAAGUGGAAAAAAGUGUCCGCAUCAUCAACGUUAGUUCAACCGCUCACAGAUGGAUAAAAAAACUGAACUUGGAUGAUCUCACAUUUGAACGUGAUCCAUCCGAUAAUAAAAUUCUCAACAUUUAUGGGAUCACCAAGCUUUGUAACGUUUUAUUUAGCAAAGAACUGGCCAAGAAACUCGAACCAUUUGGUAAAAACAUUACUGUCAAUGCUCUUCAUCCGGGUGUCGUUCAAACUGAAUUUGGUCGUUUCCUUCCUCAUGAGACUUUAGUGAAAAUUGCAUCAUAUGUGUCUUCUAUUUUCUCAAAGUCGGCCAAAGAAGGUGCGCAGACAAGUAUUCACUUGGCUGUGGCUGACGAAGUCGCCAACGUUACAGGAGAAUAUUUCAGCGAUUGUAAGAUUGCUAAAACGUCCAAGUUGGCAAAAGACCUCGAAUUAGCCAAGAAGCUGUGGGAGGUCAGUGAAACUUUUGUCAAGUUGAAGCCAGAAGAGCGCCAUUUUUAAACACCAUUAAAACAAGGUGAUUGUUUUUGUGGACGUCCAAUAAAAUAGGAGUUCAAUGAU